UUACUCUACUAUGCUUGUUGUAUAUAAUAAGCAUGUCACAAGACCUCUUCAAAUGCACCAAUCUUUCUCUCCGCUCUCUCACUAUGAAGCAGCCUCAACCGCUGUUUCACCUCUUCUUCCUUCUCCUAAUAGCCACCGUCUCUUCAUCUUCUCCACUAGACCCAAAACAGCUCAAAGCUCUCAAAAUCCUCACAGCAACCAAAGAUCCCUGCAACAACCACACCAACCACUCCUCAACCACCAUAACUUGCGACGACGCUUCUCCUUUCCGCCGCGUAACCUCUCUCUCCUUCGCAUCCUGCUCCUCCUCACUCUCCCUCCCCUCAAAAACCCUAAAACCUCUAUCCACCUCACUCCUCUCCCUCUCCUUCCUCAACUGCCCUUCUCUCUCCCCUCCAAAACACCUCCCGAUCUCCCUCCGCUCCUUCUCCGCUGUCUCCUCCUUCCACCGUCAUCACGGGCUCUCCGGCGUCUACCUCGCCCGCCUCGUCAACCUCACUCACCUCAGCAUCUUCUCAGUCCCAGUCUCAGCCUCUGGUCUCUACGUGGUCCUCGGAAACAUGCGUAACAUCACAUCCCUCACGAUCUCAUCCUCCAACCUCCCCGGAAAAAUCCCGAAAGCGUUUCACUCCAACCUCACUUACAUCGACCUAUCGAACAACAUACUCACAGGCCCACUAAGGCCUUCGAUCACUCUCCUCACAGACCUCAAGUCGUUAAACUUAUCUCGUAACUCCCUCUCCGGCGAGAUACCUAACAAGAUCGGAGACUUGACAUUGCUUAAAAACUUGUCAUUGGCUUCGAACAGAUUCUCAGGCCCAGUCCCAAGUUCGGUCUCAUCGCUUUCUCAGCUGACGCAUUUGGAUCUAUGCGGGAACCGGCUAAACGGCGUCGUUCCGAGCUUCUUCUCCGGGAUGAAGAGUCUCAGACACUUGAACCUCGCUGACAACUCCUUCCGUGGAGUUUUACCGUUUAACGAAAGCUUCAUUAAAAAUCUCGAGUUUUUCCAAGUUAGAGGGAACAGUGGUCUGUGCUAUAACAACACUGUUCUGUCUUGGAAACUGAAUCUUGGUAUUGCUCCGUGUGAUAAAUACGGUUUGCCGUUAUCAUCUCCGCCGCAGAAGCAGAAGGAGGAGGAGGAGGAGGAGGAGGAUGAUUACGACGACGACGACGAUGGAGAUGGAGAUGGAGAUAAGAAAGAAGAGAAACAUGGGUCUACUAACAAGGUUGUGCUUGGUGUCGCCAUUGCUCUUUCUUCGUUUGUCUUCUUCAUCGUCUUCCUCAUCCUUCUCGCUAAAUGGAGUCUUCUUUUGAAAUAGCCAGCAAAACCGGUACAGCUCCGGUUUUGGAUUCUUAUUUUGUAAUUUUUUUUUCCUUUUUUUCUUAUUUGUUGCUUUUGUAAUUGUUUUACAAUUCAGUAUGUGAAUGGGGAAGUUGUGAUUAUGUUUCUCUCAUUCCCACCAAAUUUUGAAUUGUGAUUUUAUGAUUUGAUGAGGUCUCAAGUGUAUA